CUGCUGCUAGAGCCACGGUGGAGAGCUGGGCCCUCUCUCUAUUGACACAGGCCUUUCAUGAACACUGGACUGAGAGAAGCUAGCAUGACCCUGGCCCAUCCCGCUUGGACUAUUGCAAUGUGCUCUACAUGGGGCUACCUUUGAAGGUGACCUGGAAACUACAACUAAUCCAGAAUGCGGCAGCUAGAAUGGCGACUGGGAGUGGCCGUUGAGAUCAUAUAACACCAGUCUUGAAAGACCUACAUUGGCUCCCAGUACAUUUCGAAGCACAAUUCAAGGUGUUGGUGCUGACCUUUAAAGCCCUAAAUGGCCUCGGCCCAGUAUACCUGAAGGAGCGUCUCCACCCCCAUCAUUCUGCACAGACACUGAGGUCCAGCGCCGAGGGCCUUCUGGCAGUUCCCUCACUGCGAGAAGCCAACCUACAGGGCACCAGGUGGAGGGCUUUCUUGGUAGUGGCACCUGCCCUGUGGAACGCCCUCCCACCAGAUGUCGAAGAGAAAAAUAACUAUCUGACUUUUUGAAGACAUCUGAAGGCAGCCCUGUUUAGGUAAGUUUUUAAUGUUUGAUCUUUUAUUGCUAUUAUUAUUAUUAUUAUUAUUAUUAUUAUUAUUAUUAUUCUGUUGGGAGCUGCCCAGAGUGGCUGGGGAAACCCAGCCAGAUGGUUGGGGUAUAAAUAAUAAUAAUAAUUCAAUUUUAGACAGUUGCUGUAUCAUUUUUUAAGUUACAUACCCUUAAAAGACAGAUUGUUAACUAGGGUUGCCAUAUUGUGAAGAGCAAAAAAAGAGGACUUCUACAUUUGCUGACUUCUGCUUUUAACUAUGGAUCACUAUGGCGACUCUACCUAUGAAAAAGAGGAUGUGUCCUGGAAAAAGUUGAUAUCUGGCAACCCUAGAGCUUAAUCCUGAGAAGCUUGAGCAAUAAGAACCUUGUGGAGGAACUUUAUUUAUCCAUAAAGAGUCUCUCCAUACCAUGAUAAAAAAGCAGAAUCAAAACUGGAGAGCUCAAAUUGGUAGGAGUGGGGAGAAGGAAAAGAUAGCUUGCAUGCACACAGCCAUUUCCUCUGGAACUGGCAUCAAUUCAUUCCCUCAGUUAUUAUGAAAAACCCAGGUGACAACAUUGCCAAACUGAUGGAAUCCAGUGUUUUUGCCAUAACGUCCUACCACAUUUUUAUUGCCUGGUUUGCGGUGAGAAUAGUGAUGCCAGCCUCUCCAGUUUGGACGGCUAAAGUGCUAUGACUUUGAUUUUUCUUUCAAUUGUGCAAUGCCUUUUUGCAUUACUAUAAUCUAAGGUGGUUUUAUAUAUGACACAAAGAAAUGACAAAAUAUGCAACGGAUUACAUUGACAUCCUGUAACGAUUCAAAAUAUGGCUAAAAACAAGCAACAGCAUUGAAGAAUUCAUUUCGCAUGAAUUAUUUGGCUGGUUUUAACCCUAGCAUUGCAUUCUGAGGUUUUUUUGGUGUGACUAGCACCACAAUGGCGCAUAUAGUGGAUUUUCCACUCGUUGAAUUCUUUCAUCCUCUAAUCCAUAGGCCUACUAACUUUUCUCUUUUGUGUAAUCUCCAAGCUAUACAGAUCUUAUUUGGGUUGCUUUCUUCAUUUUCAGCUUUAUGCCAGAUGUUCAGCGUCUCCUAUACUUCUCCACCAACGGUAAUCCAUAUCUUCUUGAAUUAUUCUUCCAGACUGAGGCAUUUUACUAACAUUUGCCAGAAGAGCUAGCAGUUCUUUGUAGAUGCAUAUGUGUCACAGAUUUAUUUAUUUCAUAAAAUUUAUACACUGCUUCAUUGAAAGCAAACAAACAACCCAACAACUCUCAGGGCCAUUCACAAAAGAGAUAAAACAAUAAAAGGUACUUUUAAAAAAGUUACUUAAAGUAUCUUGGAUACAUGAAUAGCUUCCUUUAUAAGGAACUCUUCCUUCUAUUUCUUUAUUGUAAUACGCUUCUCUCGUCAUGCAUUCUGAUUUAAAGAAAACCAGCGUGUAUUAUUGUUGGAGCCACUGUGAUUUUGUAGGUGGUGAAGCUUUUGUUCUUUCUCUCUUUUCUCAAACUAAGCAAAUCAAACUCAGUUAGCUUGAGUUAAUGAUACAUGCUAACUUUCAGAAGGUGGCUAAACUUUGUUCAUAUGGAUUCUGUCAGCGGUUUCCGCUCAUUAAGAUAGUUUUCUCAGACGUCCCUUCAAAUGAAGGAUACCUAGCCAGUGAGUCAGAACUUUGCCAUAUUUGGCCUUUUCCAUUUAUUUUCUCUCACCAGCGGCUGACUGCAUCUUAUUCAGACCGCACAAAUGUUAAAAAUUUUGAUCAAGGGAACACAGACUGAAAUGUGACUCAUCCCAGAAGUCUGGGGUUUGGUUUUGCUGAUGUCAUUUUAGUUUUUCCAGUCCCAGAUCCCAAACAGUUGUAAUCGACAAGUCAGACAAUAAUUCUGGUUCUAUGAAGCUAAAAAAAGUUGUAAAAAUGAUUGGGGAGGGGCGUUUUCAGUGAGUGAGCUGCUGAAUUUUACCUUUCACCCCCUUCCUGCCAAAUUCCUCUCUCUAUAGCUAAUUUAUACCUUAUAAUUACUUGAGUACUUGGGACAGCUUGCUAUUCUACAUAGGACCAAACACUGAGGAGGAAAAAUAGGCUGGUUCAGAACAGCUCCACAGUUUGUAAAUUUAGUCAGGGGCUUCUAUUUUAUUGGAGUGCAGGGUUAGCUUUGGGCAAGGGCUUAAUUUGAACCAGGAGUGGCAACUCAUCCUUUGAAGAAGUGAAGUCAUGAUGAAAAAGAGACCUUUACUCAGUGCUUUUUUGGGGGGUGGGAGGGAGAAAAGGUGCUGGAAUUCACCGCAAACAAACUUUUGUAUUAGUAGUACAGGUGACUCCCCAUUGACAUGGGGGUUCUGUUCUGGGCCCCUGUAAGUGAAAUCACAUAUAAUGGGGAGCGCUCUUUGUCUAGCUCCUUCCCUUUGACCUUACCGCCUUGGGUGACUUCCAAAAACCCGUCCCAAACCCAAACCCCAAAUUCCCAUGGUGAUCGGCAAAUGGUAACGGGGGCAGGAUCGUGAAAUCUGGAAGCCCCUAGUCAUGAACCGGCAGUAGAUACAGAUCCUGUCGUUCUGACUCAAGGAACAAGGCAGUUGAACAGCUCAGCAGCUGUAUCCAUGACUGAGCAGCCCUUUUCAGGAUUCUGCUCACCCCGAAAAGGGGGAGGGGCCAGAAAAGGUGCCCUUAACAUAGUCUGCCUCCCUUUCCCCCUGACUGGAUUACCGCGCCCAGUGGGGUCACCACCCAGCGGUCGUAAAAAUGUGCUAAGAGGAAGGCAUGCUUGGCAGAUCCACACUGUGAUGAGCUCCUGCCUGGAAACCAAUGUCCCCAUUCUGGAAGGAUGUGUGGAUCCAGAAUUGGCCUCCACAGUCACUUACGGACUCAUGGUUAAAACUGUGUUCAUGGAAGACAGUCUUACUCAGCUACAAGUGAUCGGCAAAGAAGAAGAAGAAGAAUGGGGAGCACACUGGAGAGUCAUGGCGACUUGCAACAAGACCCAACCCAGACCCAUAGCUGUCAACUUUCAGAUUUGAAAAUAAGGGAUCAGCAGCCUCACCUGUCCCAGGGACAGUCUACGGGAUAUCUAACAAUCCGGGAUAGCAGUGGGAAGCAGCGGGAAAAGGCGCUGGAAUUUCCCACAAAAAAGGGGAAGGUUGACAUGUGUGUGCAGUUUGCUGCAAAGCUGAAGAGCCUCAACAAAGCCUAACUGUGUCUCCGGCCCACAAGUAGACCCUCUCCAAAGCCCACAGAGGAUGUCCCCUUCAGGCUCCAGGGACGGCGUCCUCGUGAGCUGGAGACACAGCAAGGCUUUGCUGAGGCUGCUGAGAGAUGAGAGCCCAGCUCCAGCUGGAAAUAAGCCCUACUUGUACUCACUGUUGAGUAAUGAAAACCCUACCUCACAUUGCUGAACCCCAAGCAUUUCUCAUUGUAGAAGCUUAGCACUGCUUCCUAAUAGAUAAAGAGAACAGGUCUCUGUCUAGUCUGUUUUUCUAGGUUAGCUGUAUAACUAAUAAGAUCUAGGAUUUUCUGUCAUGGAUGGUGGCCGUUAUGUUUAUGCGUGUUUACUGAACUGGACUGGCCAGUGGUUUCACUAAGUAUAAGUCAGCGUCUGAUGUUAUCAAAAGCAGAACAUGGAUACAAUGUCCCUCUCCUACUUCUAGUUACUCAGUAACUGGUAAUUCAGAAGCUUGUUGUCUCUGAACUUGGAAGCAGUGUAGUAUUCAGUCAUCAUGACCUCUAGUCACUGAUAGCCUCAUUUGCCAUGAAUUCUGUGAGAUAACCAGCCUCAUAUAACCAGUGCUUUUUUUCUGGGGGUAUGCAGGGAUAUGCAAACCCCUAAACAUUUUGUGAAUCUUUGUACUUUUGUCCAUUUACUGUAUUUAUUUUUCCUGAUUUGAACUAUGAAAUGGUGAUUUUCUUGAGUCAAAAUGAGAGUACCCCUAAACAUUUUUUAAGAAAAAAAGCACUGCAUAUAACCAAUAUGUUUAAGUCUAAUAAAUCUGUGAACAAUCCUUUGGCUCCUCCAUGAUAAUAUGACAGCAACAAUCGCAGAUAACAAUGGUUCUCAAAGUGAACCAUUCACAGAGGGAUCAGGUGUUAAACAGGUUUGCGUUAUCGCCCCAACUCUGUUUAUUGUUUUCAUUGCCAUGAUCCUACACUUUGUUGAAGGGAAGCUCCCCACUAGAGUAGAAAUCAUAUAUAGAGUAGAUGGAAAGCUCUUUAAUCUGAGUAGGCUGAAAGCAAAGAGUAAGGUUACCAUAACUUCUGUCAUAGAGCUUCAAUAUGCUGAUGACAACAUAGUGUGUGCCCACUGAGAGGAUGACCUCCAAACCAUCCUAAAUUUCUUUGCAGAAGCUUACGAAAAACUUGGCCUAUCGCUCAACAUCCAAACAACCAAAGUGCUGCACAAACAAGCACAAAAUAGCCCCUCUGCAGCACCACAAAUCCAACUCAAUGGUGUAACAUUGGAAAGUGUUGAUCAGUUAUCUUUCCACAAGGACUGACAUAGAUGCUGAAAUCUAGCAUCACUUGAGCUCUGCGAGUGCAGCUUUCUCCCAAUUGAAGUGCAGAGUGUUUGACGACUGGGACAUUCGCAGGGAAAUCAAAAUGUUUGUUUACAAAGCUAUUGUACUACCAACCUUACUUUAUGCUUGCGAAACAUGGACCACUUAUAAACACCAUCUCCAACUCCUUGAAAGAUUCCAUCAGCCAGUGUACUGGAAGAAGCAAAGAUCACCAGUGUUGAAGCAAUGAUUCUUCAAAUCAAUUUUGUCAGACUGGUCAAGUUGUUCGGAUGCCUGACUAUCGUUUUCCAAAGCAACUACUCUAUUCCAAACUUAAAAAUGGAAAGUGUAAUGCUGGUUGUCAACAAAAGAGGUUUAAAGACUCUCUCAAGGCAAAUCUAAAAAAAUGUAGUAAAAACACUGACAAUUGGGAAACACUGACCUACAAGCGCUCCAGUUGGAGAACAGCUUUUACCAAAGUUGUCAUGGACUUUGAAGACAUUCAAACUGAGGAUGAAAGGGAGAAACAUGCUAAGAGGAAGGCACAUUUGGCAAACCCUCACCAUGAUCAACUCCUACCUGGAAACCUAUGUCCCCAUGGUGGAAGGACGUGUGGAUCCAGAAUUGUCCUCCACAGUCACUUAUGGACUCCCUGUGAAGACUGUGUUUUGGAAGACAAUCUUACUUGGCUAUGAGUGAUCGCCAAAGAAGAGGAAGAAGAAGAAGAAGAAGAAGAAGAAGAAGAAGAAGAAGAAGAAGAAGAAGAAUGUAUGAAAAGCUUAAUACAAUACAGUAAGCUGUCCUGCCGGGCUUAGCUAUGCCACUUCCCUUCACCUUGGGAGGAACAAGGUAACCAAGCCUUUGUUCUCCCUAGUCUCAAUGAGAAGCUCAGCGUGUGAAGAGUUGAGCUGGUUGAUGCAGCUGAGCCACAUGGCUAUCACAAGCCUAUACCAAUAAUUUAGGAACUUUCAGCACUUUGUAAUUAAAUUAAGUUUUACUGCCUGUGCAACUUUGUGAAGUACCGUACAUGAAUCUGACCUUUAGAGAGUUUUUAAGUAAACAUUUAUUAUCAAAUGUGUGGUCUUUUCCUAUGAUGGGUGUUAUGUACUGAAGUUCCCACCCUGGGCCAGCAGGGGGAUACUGUAGAUAGUUAUGCAAAUGAAGGAUCAAAAGUGACGUUCAGUGAUAGGAUCGUUUUAGAAAGUUGCUACAGUAACGUUGUACUGGAGCUCUAUAUAAGCAGGCUGACUGAGCCCUUCAGUCAGUUCUGUUCUGGCCUCUGAAUAAAGAAGAGCUGUUUGAAGAAUCGCUGUGUCGUCUGAUAUGUUCACCCACAAACUUAACAAUGGGGGAAGUGGGAAACUUUAGAAGGGCAUAUUUAACAGCCUAUAUUUCCAUGCUUUACUGUGCUGCAUAUUUUGUCAUUUUAAAUCUCUGCUGGGGUUCUCCCACUAAAGAGUACUUGCCCCAAACUUGGUUUUUCGUUUAAUCUUCCUUUUAAAGCCAUACAUGUCGGUGACCAACACCAUGUUCUGUAUUUGCAAAUUGCAAAUGUGCUGUCAGUGGAACUGUGUGUGUAAAAUAUACUUAUUAUGACCUGUUUUACAUAGAUUAUUCAUUUUUGACAAUGUGAAAAACAGAGGGUUUCUUGGCUGGACUUAAGGAGACAGCAAAUAGAAAGGUAUGCAGUGGCAAAGUUUUGAUUGAAAAUGACAAAUCAGAUAUUGCAGGAGUGUCUUUAAAAAAACACAUAAGGGAAAUAAGGACACAUCAUGUAUUUGCUUGUUUCCUUUUCUAGAUUCCACCCCCACCUUGCAAUUUAGGGCAUCCUUCUCCCUCCCAGCUCAACAGCUUCACAUGCUGCAGAUAGCUAAGUUUACAUCUGCUGCGUUCCUGUUCAUAGAGACCGAGCCCUUUGCCAAAGACAAUCUUCAUCUGCUUCUCUAUAAUUUACUACCCCACCAAAAAGGCUUCCUGUAGUUAUACAAUGGGUGUGUUAAGCUGUGCACAUUCUUUGGUAUUUUCUCUUAGAAUGCACAGUGUUUUUCUUUGGUUUUGUGCCACUUUUAGGUUUAUUUGCAGCGCACCAGAAAAGUAUUAACCUAUCGCAGUCAAAAAGAAAGACACAAAUUUCCUCAAGCCAGUUCUUUGCAUAAAGAGCUCAGUCAGCUAUUUUUUCUCCCUCACACCUGGUUUCUGUUAUUUCCACUGCCAGUGGGUUUUGCGUGACUGAAUGUGUGCUUCACCAGCAAUUUAUUCUCUGGUCCUCCUCCUCCUCCUCAUUUGGCUGAGGAUAUUGAACGAACAAUGCUUAUUUUCGACAACAUCUUAAAAUGAGAGGGUGGUUGUUUUAGCUUAUCUUAUCACAGAGAGCGGCCAUAGUUCAGUAACAGAGUAUUUGUACUGCAUGCAAAAGGUCUAAGGUUGAAAAUCAGGUAUUUCCAGUUAAAAAUGAUUAAGACAGUCUGAGAAAUGUUAUAUGGGUUUUCAGAUACAUGCUCUAGUCAUAUCACAGGAUUACUUCCACACAGACACACAUUACUUUUGCAUGCUCUUUCUCUUUGGGUUACCACUCUGUAGGGUGUGGUGCCACAAACAGGUUUUCUUCAUGUGACCUAUACAGUAGGGAUUGGUGAGGCAGUGGUGUGUACCUUGCUGCAGAUAGUAAUAUUGUAUCAAGCUUGAAGCAAUUGGAAGCAUAAGAACUGACUUCUUUUGGAAGAAAUCAUUGUCCGGGCUCAUAAAAAUAUUAUUCAAACGUUUACUUGCAGCACUCUUCAAGACAAAACAGAAAAAUAAAAUGAUACAUCCAAGGAGGCUUUUUUCAGCCGGAACACUCCAGAACUUAGUUCCGGUACCUCUCCUGAGCGUUCUGGCAGACCCUAUCUGUGUCUAUAAUAAUCCUGGUGUUGCGGGCAGGCGGUGCGUUUUCUAGGUGGAGGAAUUUGGAUGGAACGGGAGUUGGCACACUGAGUGGUUUUGGCGCUUUGUUCAAUGACUUAGGGUUGUCCGUCAAAAAAGGUGGGAGUUCCUUUUCUAGAAAAAGACCCACUGCGUCCAAGAAUAUCCAUGCAAUAUCUUGGGCUGUCCAGCUCAGGCUCAGCAUCAAAAUGAUCCAAAUAGACCUAGAAGCAGAGGUUUUUCUCUCUCUUUAACAGUAUCUGUUUCUCUGGAGCUGUUUUCCUUGAGAGCUUCAUUUAUAUCUUCUACUCCCUGUGGCCGUUCAGAGAAAGACUGACAGACACCACCCUUUCAAGAUGGCAAAUUUGCAACCCAAUGCCAUGGUCCACCUGAUCUAAAGUUACAACACUCACAUGUUAGCCAGAAGAAGGCAACAAUCAUCAACUCAUCAAGAGCUUAGAGUCUCUUAGAAACUACUGUGGAAAAAAGCAAUGACAGCAAUACACAUUUAGCUAUUUUCCAUUUUAAACAUUCAUAAAUACACAAACACUUUCGUUCCAGUGUCAAUUAAAUCUAUUAGACGUACUUAACCUACUGACUUCCCAUUGCUGGCAUCACUGUGGCUUACUGGGAGAGAUAAUGGAAAGGAAAGAUUGGCAUAGCGCAGCUGCAGUGGUGAAGGCAAUCUGGCACUCCAGCCAAUGUGUUUGCAUCACACACCUCCUUUUCCCAGUAAGUUGUAGUACCAGCAGUAACAGGAGGCUGGGUAAGCACCACGGCCCUGCUGACUGCUACUGCUGUAUAGGUUUGCAGCAUAAUCUCUUGGUCGACUACUGGCAACAGUUUACAGAAGGCAUGAGUCAUACAGAUGAGUCUAUUGAAUGCAGACGAGAAAGAAGAGCUCUUUCCCACAGUCCUUGUCAGUUGGCUUAAGUUGCUCUGCAAUGCAUGGAAAACGGCCAAGACAAUAACCUGAUGCCAAUGGCAGUGUAUAUAUUUAUGUCCUAGUUACAGGAUGUUCAAUAAGUGUUUAUUUUAAAGUUAGGAUGACAAGAGAGAGUGCACAGGGCCAAACCCAAAUCUUUGAAAGCUAAUGUUGGAGCAAAUGUUAAGCAACAUCUCAGUGUCGUUUUCUUUUGGGCGGGGGGAGAGUUGGGCCUUGUUUUGCCAAUUUUGCGUUCCUUGUUUUAUAUUUAUUUUAGUAAAACUACUUGCCCGCCAUUACUGGGAAAUCAUUUUGCAUUCUGUUACUCAGAGCAAUGGCAAACACUGGUCUCUGCAGGAAUAAGCAGUAGAUCAUUUUACAUUGUUGUUUUCUGUAUAUGGUAAGUAUAUUAAAAUUUGCUUUGGUGGGACAGCAAUGUGAGCAGCCCUGAUUCUCUUUUGCCAUUGUUUUGAAACUUCGUGGGAGGAAAGAGUGCUUGAAAAUGUUGUCACUGCAUGUGCUAAACCAAGAGUGGGGAACCUUAGCCCUAUAGGCAAAAGUCCCAUAAACUUGCCAAACAAGCUCCCCUACCAGAUAAGUGUAGCCUUAUUUAUUAGGUCACCUCAACCUCAAAAGGAAAACAAGAUAAAUGGAGGAAGAGUUAGGACCACAAGCUUCUUCCCUUCUAAUCUUAACAAGAAAGUGCAGCACAGUAUUCAUAAAUAAUGCCAACUGGACACACAUUGCUAGGUCUCCUUGGAAAAUUAGUAGUAAACCUAUAAAUAAAAGGUAAAACAGAAGUACUCAGCAGGGACCCAGAACAUCUCAGAUGGCAUGGUUCUUCUUCCUCUUCUUCUUCUCCUCCUCCUCCUUCUUUCUUCUACUCAAUUACUUUGGCAGUGAGCACACUGAACGUCAUGAUAACACUUCCUGGCUUUCAGCUUGUGUUAUGCCAGCCCAUCCGCUCCCAUUCCAUUCAUUAGUCUUAAAGGAAUGUUUCAUAUGAAAAAUAAAAGCUUAUUUAUUGCAAGGCUUGCUCUAGUUCCCUAGGUGCUUACUGUACUUACAAGAACUCAUACUUGUUCCAAUAAGAAAUCUUUUGAACUUUGGAUUGAAAUUUGUGAUAUAUUUUACGUCUCAGAAGUCUUUACUUUAUUCUAUCGCACCAUUUCAAUAGAGUGUUCUAACAAGACUUCCUGAUUAGUCCCAUAUGUCCAUAAAAUUACUUCUCCAGAAAUACAGGAAGGGGGAGUAUUCCAGCCUCACAAUAUAGAAAUCGCUUAUCUCUUGCUUCUUUUUAAACUGAACUAUUUCUGAUUUAGGUUAGAAUGUAUUGUGAAAGUUGGCUUUCCUUUUACUAUGUUUAACGUCUCUUCACUCUUCGACAUAUUCCAGCCAACCUGCAACCAAAUAGGCUUAUGUUACACAUAUGUAGCUGAAGGUUUUAGAAGUUUAAAAGUUGGUGAAUGCGUGGGCUGACUCUGUUGAAAAGCUUUCCCAGGAAGUGAUCUGAACGUUCUGUGGGCUUUGAUUUGCAACAGCUCCAACUACACAUAUGAAUCACUACUUGAUGCUAUGGUGGUCAGCUGAAGAACAUGUAAGGAUGCAUGAGGAAAAUGUGAUUUUGUGAAUUCCAGUAUGAACUGGCCCGAUCGUCACCUUCCAGACUAAUGUGUGGCUCAGAACAUAGUUAUCAACAAGCUUUCACCCUUCUAGAAUGUUCUGAUGCUUUAAAACCAGGGGUUGGCAUGGUUUACCUCGCCUGGGCAGGUUCACUCCAGCGGAGAUCCCUCCAUGGGCCGGAUCGAGUGUGCGCGUGAGUGCACGUGGCCGUGAUUUCCGGCGUCUGCACAGACACGAUUUUUGGCAUCUACGCAGACACGAUUUUUGGCGUCUGAGCAUGCACAGACGCGAUUUCCGGCACCGCGGAAGCGAGUCCCCGUGCCGCACUGCGCCAGUUUAGCGCAGCGUGCGGGGACUUGCUGAGCAGGUGGCUCAGUUGGGGGGGGGGGCUUGUGGACUGGUUAAAUGACCCCUGUGGGCCGCUUGUGGCCCAUGGGCCUUGGGUUGCCUAAAGGUAAAGGUAAAGGGACCCCUGACCAUUAGGUCCAGUCGUGACUGACUCUGGGGUUGCGGCACUCAUCUCGCUUUAUUGGCUGAGGGAGCCAGCGUACAGCUUCUGGGUCACGUGGCCAGCAUGACGAAGCUGCUUCUGGUGAACCAGAGCAGCGCACGGAAAUGCCAUUUACCUUCCUGCCGGAGCGGUACCUAUUUAUCUACUUGCACUUUGUGCUUUCGAACUGCUAGGUUGGGAGAAGCUCAGACCGAGCAAUGGGAGUUCACCCCGUCGAGGGGAUUCGAACCGCUGACAUUCUGAUCGGCAAGUCCUAGGCUCUGUUGUUUAACCCACAGCGCCACCUUUGUCCCUGCUUUAAAACAUGGCUUCAAAAUGUAGCAGAGUGCAUUUACAAUGCAGAUUCUGAGACAAUGCAUUUAGGAAUGCUCAUUUUGAGAAAAAAUACAUGUAAAUGUAGAUUUGUAAAUUCUUUUAAAAUAAAAUAAAAAUGCUGAGUAAUUUGAAAAUGGUAUGAACCAGAUUUAUGACUGAAUGCAUGCAAAAAGUUACACAGAUAUAGGCAGAUGUGUCCAUUCCUAAACAAAAUAUGUGUGAGUGUGCCAGGUCUAAAAAUGUCUUUCUGAUAUUCUAAGAUAAGAAUGGUGAACCGUCGCCCUUCAGAUGAUGUUGAACUCCCAAUAUCGCUGACCACUGACCAUUGCUGGCUGGGGCUGAUGAGAGUUGGAAGUUCAAUAACAUCUGGAGGACCAUAGGUUCCCCAUUUGUUCUCUGGGAAAGGGUAUUCGUGUUAGUUCAUUAGCUAAUUUGUAUUUCUCCCACAUUUAAAAGGGUCAAACAUCCAAAAUAGUUAACAGGAAGAAUUAGGAAACGAAAACUAAACCUGAUUCAUGGCGAAAGAUCACACUGAGCUUUCCAAUAUGCCCUGUUGCACUUUUUCUGGGAAUUUGUUCCGUGUCAUUUGGACUACCAUGGAAAAGGUACCUGGAAGUAGAUUGAAGAAGGCAGUGAGUUUCAUAUUGGGCAAGGUGGUCUGUGUGCAGGACGCAACCACUGAAGGGCUUUAUAGGUAGACAGUGUCUUGAAUCAGGCUUAAACUAAUCAGCAACUACUACAAAACUGGUAUGUCUGCACCAUCUUUUGUUCCUUGGGAGGUGAGUAGUGAGUAGUUCUUCCUUGGAAAACACAAGAGCAUGGAUGAUUAUGGCAGUAUCCCUAUUCUCUAGGAGAAGGCAUAGCCACCUUGUAUUUUUCAAGGUGUCUAUGUGGCUCUGUGGUCUAAACCACAGAACCUAGGGCUUGCUGAUCAGAAGGUCAGCGGUUUGAAUCCCUGUGAUGGGGUGAGCUCACGUUGCUCAGUCCCUGCUCCUGCCAACCUAGCAGUUCGAAAGCACGUCAAAGUGCAAAUAGAUAAAUAGGUACCGCCCUGGCGGGAAGGUAAACAGCAUUUCCGUGCGCUGUCCUGGUUCACCAGAAGCAGCUUAGUCAUGCUGGCCACUUGACCUGGAAGCUGUACGCCGGGUGCCUCGGCCAAUAAAGCAAGAUGAGUGCUGCAACCCCAGAGACGUCUGCGACUGGACCUAACGGUCAGGGGUCCCUUUACCUUUUUAUGUAACUGAGUUUAGUUGACUUAUUGCCUGAGCUGCUUCCUGUUUUUCAAAAAGGAAUGUUUAUGGAACUCCCCUAGGUUGACCUCCUAUUCAGUUGGCCAGAGUGUGUUCAGAAGAGGGUGGCCAAGAUGAUAAAGGGUCUGUAAACCAAGCCUUAUGAGUAACAGUUGAGGGAGUUGGAUGUGUUUAGCCUAGGAGAGAGGAGAUUGAGAAGAGAUAUGAUGGCCAUCUUCAAAUAUCGUAUCGGGUCUCUCCUUUUUUCUUAUAGCUAAAGGGCUAUCACAUGGAAGAUGGAACAAGCUUGUUUUCUCCUGCUCUGGAGGGUAGGACCCAAACCAAUGGAUUGGAAGUUACAAGAAAGGAGAUUCUGACUGAACACCAGGAAGAAAUUUUUGAUGGUAAGAGCUGUCUGACAGUGGAACGGACUCCCAUGAGAGGUGGUGGACUCUCCUUCCUUGGAGGUUUAUAAGUAGAGGUUGGAUGGCCAUCUGUCAUGGAUACUUCAGUUGAGAUUCCUGCACUGCAAGGGGUUGGACUAGUUGACCCUCAGGGUCCCUUCCAACUCCACUAUUCUAUGGUUCUUACUCCACUUACAAGGACUUACACACCUCCAAGAAUACCAGUAUUCCUCAGCAGCACCAUCUGUAUCUUGUCUAGGUUUCAUUUCAUUCUGCUAGCUUCAUCCACUUGAUGACAGCAUCCAGAUAAGAGUUGCUCCCAGCUGUUUCAAAGGGGGGGGGAUAUAGAUUUUGAUGUCAUCAGCAUCUUGAUGACACCAUGCUCCAAAGCUGUGAACAAUCUCGCCCAGCAGUUUCAUACAGAUAUUAAACAAGAUUGAUGAUAAUAAUGGGCUGCUGUGAAAAGUUACAUGAUGGUCCCUGUGGGGUUGAAUAGGCUACCCUUUGAGUCCACUCUGAAAGCACGCUAGAGCAAGACAGAUGACCAACAUGGCAUAGCAAAAUGCCAUGCUCUACACUAGGGGAAGGGACAUAACUAGAGUACGAUGGUAGAGCAUGGUAGAGCAUAUGUGUUGCAUGGAGAUUUAAUCCCUGGUAUCCCUGGAAGACUUCUGUCAGUGUAGACAAUGUUGAGCUAGAUGGGCCAGUGAUCAGACUGGGUAUAAAACAGCAGCUUAUGUUCCUAUCAAAAGUCAUGAUAACUCAAGGAUAAUGGAGGCACCAUCUCCUGUAGGUUUUAUAUGUAUGCAAUUACGUUUCCGAGCACAAUUCAGAGUGUUGGUGCUGACCUUUAAAGCCCUAAAUGGCCUCGGCCCAGUAUACCUGAAGGAGCAUCUCCACCCCCAUCGUUCUGCCCGGACACUGAGGUCCAGCUCCGAGGGCCUUCUGGCUGUUUCCUCGCUGCGAGAAGUGAGGUUACAGGGAACCAGGCAGAGGGCCUUCUCGGUAGUGGCGCCCGCCCUGUAGAACACCCUCCCAUCAGAUGUCAAGGAAAUAAACACCCAUCUGACUUUUAGAAGACAUCUGAAGGCAACCCUUUUAAGGGAAUUUUGAUAUUUUAUCACUUUUUUAUGUGCUGUAAGCCGCCCGGAGUGGCUGGAGAAACCCAGCCAGAUGGGUGGAGUAUAAAUAAUAACACUUCUUCUUCUUGUUGUUGUUAAUGCUGGCGUUGACCUCACCCACCACAGCACACUCCUCCAUUGUCUCCCAAGACAAGUGGCUGCCAACAGCAACAACAGUCCAAAAUGACAGAGGCCAAACUGAAAUGAGGUAAGAAAUGUAACAUUCAGCUCAGGUUGCACAACUUUUCCCCAUGCAGAAAGGUUGGAAAUUGGCCAGUGGCUCAUCCGCUGACUUCAGUGUUGUGGUUUUCAGAAGAGUUUGGAUCAUAACUACCUUCCUUGCAGAAGAUGGCAACCCCACCUCCCUAAUCCACCCUACCUCCAUGAUCUCAAAUAAACAGCGUGGUUCCUUCCAGUAAGCUUUAAUCGGGCAGAAUUGGGAAGGUUCUCAACUGCACCAAUACUAAUAUUACUACAACUACUAAUAUAAUAUUCUGUGAUAUUUUUCUAGAAAAAGAGGUGCUGGAACUCGCCACGAAUACCUUCCUUGUUUUCUUAUAAUGGCAAUGGCACUUGCCUGAGAGGUGCCGGAACUGAGUUCUGGACGAGUUGCGACAGGAAAAAAAAUACCCUGAAUAUAUUAAAUUUGUAUAUUACCCUACACCAGUAGAUCCCAGGGCGGUUCACAGCAGAAAAAAAUACAAAGCGAGAAUAUGAUAUAUAAAACGAAACAAAAACAAACCAAUAACCUCUCUCUCGCAAGCAUAUAUAAAAAGCCAUAGAUUGUUAAUCAGCCGAACACCUGGUUGAAGUUAAACAUUUUCACCUGGUGCCUAAAUAGAUGUAAUGAAGGAGCCAGGCGAUCCUUUCUGGGGAGAGCAUUCUGCAAACGGAGAGCCUGCAGAAAAGGCCUUUUCUUGUCUUAUUGUUAGGAUAUUUCCGUUCCACCUUAAAAGGGAGCAGGCUUUGUGAGUCAGAGUCUGCGCAUGUCCUGUCACAGGAUGUUUAUGUUUGCUACUGCUUUCGUUUCUCUCUCUGUGUCGUAGACACUAAAGCAGGCAGUCAUGUUUUUCUGUGUUCUGAUCAACGCUGAAUAAACUUGUAAAUAAUGCUCUCCUGAGUGCAACUUUUGGCUGUGCAUUAUCUGCUGAUAGAGUCUGCAUGAGCUCUGGAAUGUGGCAAGAUAUUGUCUAGAAAUUCAUGUCGCUAAUUGCUGAUACUGCGUGCCUACAGGAGAUCGAUGGAUCAUCCGGCAGACGGCUUGGGGGCCAUGAUGGACUUUGUCUCCCUGGCAGUAUCCCAACAGUUGUCACCCUCCGGACUUGUGGAGGAGGCACACAAAGAAGGGCCUCAGAUGAUGAACUCAGAGUCUGGGUUGGUUUGUAUGCAGAGAGGUGGUCUAUGAGGUAUUGUGGUCCUGAGCUGUUUAGGGCUUUAUAGGUCAAACCCAGCACUUUGAAUUGGGCCCGGGGAACUAAUUUGCAGGCCAGGAUCAGUGCAAUAUGCUCAAACCAAUGGUCUUCAGAGUCUCAAACAGCAUAUCUCCAGGAACUAUCCAUCCCUGUUACAAAAGAGGAAAUUUUUAGUGGUUACAAAUAGCAAUUGUUUUUAUUAUCCUGGGGAAAUGGGAGAUUUGUACAUGUAUAGACCCGCUAGGCCCUUUCCUUAGAUGUGCAGCACAGUCCUGAACAUGCUUACUUGAAAGUCCUAGCAUCAUCAAUGG